AGCAUCUAUUGUUCGCCUCCAGGGCUGCGCGACCAAAACAUGCAUCACGUUCUCACUAUAACGGAGAUAAUCCGUUCGAUCUUCGGUUUCCUUGACGUACGCUCCAACGCCCGCAACGCCCGUGUUUCCAAGAUUUGGUCCUCGAUUGCCCUUGAUCGUGUAUGGGAGGACGUCGAGCCUGAUGUCUUCCGCUCACUUUGUCCUAUGAGCCAGUCAGAAACAAAUUUGACCUUCGUCCGUCCCCCGCUCUUGAGCGAUUGGAUGACCUUUCUUACCUACAGCUCACGGGUGCGCACCUGGUCGGACAGUUCCUGGUCCUCCCCCUACAACCUUUCGCAAAAAGCCAGGAACGACAUCGCCAUGUCCCGUCCUUUGACCAGUGUGUUUCCAAACUUAUUGAGACUGUGCACCGGGACACAGGAUCUUGAUCCAUUCCUCAUGGGAACCUCGGUGAAGAUUCUGGACCUUGUCGUGAGACAUAUUCCUCUGAAGAACGUAGCUGAAGUACGGACCACCUGGGUUUUCCGGAACGUGACGGAGCGACUACCCCAUUUGACGUCGCUGUAUCUCAGUUAUCUCGACGAUGACACCCCGAACUAUGAUGAGCAGAUCGUGGGCCUACUCCGCAACCUUACAAAACUUCAAAAGCUCAGCUUGCCAAUCAUGUGUCUCAAUGCAGACAUUGCUUUCACUCUGGCUAGUCACCAAGACCUUCGCACCGUCACGUUCGAGCUCGGUAUGCCCAUCGUAUUCUACGCCUGUUCGCAGGAGACACGUGUCAUGUUCGACUCCACGCAACCCCUACCGAAUGCAGCAUUUUCUGCACUCCAUACCGUGGAGUUCUCCGCUUCGAACCUCGCCGAUGCUGCGUCGUUCCUCUUCCAGCCCGAAUUUCCACUGCGCAACAUAAGAGUUAUGUCCAUUCAUAUACGACAUGUUCCAUUGUCCGGUGAUACAGGCAUUUUUCUAUCGAGACUCACAACCGACUGUCCCACACUUCAAAAACUUACCCUUGCAUUCCAUGCAUUGAAGUACGACGGGAACGACCCGCUCCCUACCAUCCCCUACUUCGAACUUCAGCACCUUUCCAUCGUCUCUCAGCUCCAAAAUCUCACCACUUUGGUCAUCCGCCAUCCGCACCCCAUCAACAUGGACGACAACGACGUCGCGAAACUUGCGAAAAGCUGCCCUCGCUUGCAGACGAUACAUCUAAAUCCUUACCCAGUUGUACCGACACGGCCCGGAACCACUCUCCUCGCUCUACAACACUUGGCCAACCAUUGUCCCGACCUUCGGUCUGUCGGCAUUUAUCUCGAUGGGACUGUUGCCCCCGCCCCUAUUCCCACCCUUCCUCGACGUAUACGCGGCACUUUAAUACUCGGUCACUCACCGAUAUCCGUAGACCUCGAGACCCUCGAUGAUAACUCACGCAUCGCUCGGUACCUCGCGGACGUGCUAUGCAAGCCAUGCCAAUGGGGGUGGGAAGAUACCAACUUUGUUGCUAAGGUCAUUAAUCGAGAGGAAUGGUUGUCGCGGAUGACCAUCUAUCAUGAUCUCGACGGUCACAAGCGCAGUUGGAAAAUGGUAGCGGUAAUGUUGAAGAUGAUAUUGGAGGAUAGGGAUAAGAUGCAGAGGAGUGUGCUGGAAGCGCUGGGUGGAGAACUGUCUGCGUGGAAGGGGAAAUGUGCGGCCUUAGACGCUGAGAAUGUUAGGCUUAGAGCGUCGCCAAACGGGGCCCAGUAGCUGCAUUCAAAUUAUACACCGAUGGGUGGUGUUUCCUUGUUACAGCUGUCUUGUCGUUGGCGUAUGGAGUUGUU